UGGAGAAACUGCAGAGAAAGAAAGAAGGAAAACAAAAGAAAGAACAAGAAUGAUUGCAGAUGAAUUUCACGUUGUAACUGAACAAAAAGGGAGGAAUCCAGCUCAAUCCAUUCCCACAAGAAAGAAGAGGGAUCAUGGAGACAAGGAACCCAGCAAGAAUACUAGCAAUAACCCUGAUUCUGACAUCUUUUCUAGUUUUUCCGCAAGAACUUCAGCGGAGCAAGAAGAGUUGGAUACAUUAAGGGGACAAGUGGGUGAUCUACAAAGAAAAGUAUCAGAGGAGGAGGAACUUUUAAAGUCAUCGAAGAUAUCAAAGGACCAAAUGAAAGCUAUUCAAGCAAAACUUGACGAAAUGAAGCACCAAGUUUCAGAAAAGGAUGCAUUAAUCAAGGCUGCUAAGCUACAACUCUCUGAUGCAAAGUUAAGCCUUGCAGAUAAGCAAGCUGCUUUGGAGAAGUUACAGUGGGAACCAAUGAUAUCUAAUAGGAAAGUGGAGAAGCUUCAAGAAGAGCUCGACUCCUUGCAAGGACAGAUUUCAUCAUUUAUGUUCCUAUUUGAAGGCUUGAUGAAAGCUGAUGCCAUUGUAUACGGUGAAGAUUAUGAUAUCUCACCUUGCACUGUGGAUCAUCUUCCUCAUAUCGAUGAUUUGGAUGAGACGCGGAUGCAGAAAGUGGAAGAAGCUAGAAAAGCUUACAUCAUUGUUGUUGCUGCUGCAAAAGAAAAGCAAGAUGAAGAAUCUAUUCCUGCUGCAGCCAGUGCAAGGUUACAUCUUCAAUCAUUGGUUCUCUAA